AUGACGUUUAAUACAAGGAUUAUUCAUUAUACGAAAAAACUGUUGGUUAAACCCCCCACUUUGACUCCACCAGACUUACAUGAUGCAUUGAUUUUGAUCUUGGAUCAAUUACAAAUCAUUGCCAAUACGACCGGAAAUUCCAUCGAUAAUGAUCUCGUCAACGUUUCAUAUAUCAAAAUCGCAACUUUUUUAACUUCCUUAGCCGUCACGGGUUUGGACCAUAAAGCACAAUACAUCGCAUCUGCUGCAAAGGCUAUCUUGACUAAAUCUCAUUUAGUACAAUUGCCAACUCCCAGCAAUAACACCACCACAACCACUUCAAAAGUUAUCUUAGAUAUCGUGGGGACAGGAGGUGAUGGUCAAAACACGUUUAACGUAUCCACUUCAUCUGCCAUUGUAGCUUCUGGGAUCCCAGGGAUUAAAAUCUGUAAGCACGGUGGUAAAGCCACUACUUCCAAUUCAGGUGCUGGUGAUAUGAUGAAUCAAUUAGGUUUAUCCAAUCCUUUAUUAGUCGAUUCCAAAUUUGUUCCUCAAAUUUGGGAUUCUAACGAUUUCUUGUUCCUAUUGGCUCCUGCAUUCCAUGACGGUAUGAAACUAGUUGCACAAUUGAGAAAAUUGAUGAAUAUACCUACAAUUUUCAAUAUCUUGGGCCCUCUACUGCAUCCAGUAAAUCAUAUCAAUAAAAGAAUCCUGGGUGUUUAUUCCAGAGAUUUAGGGUUGGAAUUCGCCAAGGCAGCUCAAAUCAUGUACCCAGAUAGUGAAACUUUUGUAGUUUGGGGUCAUGUAGGUCUUGAUGAAGUUUCACCCAUUGGUAAAACUACCAUCUGGCAUUCAAAACCUGGUGUGGAACAAAUAGAAACAUUCGAUGUUAAACCUGAAAUGUUUGGUUUGAAAACUCACGAACUCUUGGAAUGUGCAUCGUUAGGUCCCAAGGGUAAUGCCGCAGUGUUACGUGGAAUACUUUCCGACGAUUUCAACCUAACUUUACUAGAUUCCACCAAAAAUAACGCUAUAAAGGAUUAUAUACUAUUGAACACUUCUGUGUUGUAUUGUUUGGCCAUGGGUCAUAGAGAUUGGAUGAAAGGUGUAGAAGUCGCGAGGGAAAGUAUUUCUUCAGGUUUAGCAUUGAAAACUUUGGAUCAUUUCAUUGCUUCAACGCGGUCGUAA